CCAAACAGUUUCAAGGGGACGGACAACCUUAAGCUUGCAAACAUUGUGCUGUGCAUUUGUUAUAUCUUGAUAUUCGUCAGGAAAGAAAAUAUGAAAGUUUGUGUUUGUAUCGCAUUUUUCGCUAUUUGUUUACAAAGUUCCACAGGUUCGCGGUCGUUGCGUGUGAGGAUUAGUGGAGACAAAACAGCCAGGAAAAUAUCAUUCAUUAAUAAAACCAGAUUUCGUGCGCAUGGGAAGGUUCGGCUCAAAGACUUGAAACAGCCGAUAAAUGACAGAUCAUUUAAGCCUUUGCCCUUUCCAGUUGAUUACAGUCUGUAUGACCGUAAUGGAGAUGCACGGAUUGAUAUAAAAGAACUUGUACGUGUAACUGGUACGGCUGAGAACGUUCAGGCAGCGUUUAGUGCGUCAGAUUUAAAUGGUGAUGGAUUUGUGACAGAGGAAGAAUAUAAACUUAAACCUUGGGGUUACAAUCCUGGAGACGUUAUUGUAAAUAAUGAAGAAGAACUGUGAUAUUGGGAAUUAAACGUAAUAAUGUCAUCGCACAUAAACAAAUUAUCAGAAAUAAUUCUAUUAUUUACAGCGUAUUUUAGUCCAAACUGGAUUAUAUAAAGUAAAGAUUUAUUAAUGUCAAUAUAUUAAGUUAGAUCUAUAUGCUCAAGGGUAGUUCCUACGCCUUUAGUAUAUUGAACAAUGGAAUUGACCCCAUUAUGUCUGAGACUAGCUAACAAUCUAAAUUCAAAUUUUUUAGCUGGUGAAACCUAUCAAUGUUAUACAACUUUUAGUUAGCCUCUUAGCCUUAGUGGCUCAUAUACCAAUUAUUUUCAACUGUGAGCUCUAUACUUACAGAGAUCACUCAAAAUUUUAACAUAUCAACAGAAGUAAUAAAUGAAGUUCAUCCAAAUCUCCUAUAGGCUAGAACUAUUUUAAGAUUUCUGUCAGACAAUGUUUAUGAACCAACAGCAUGAGAGUCAUAUUGUAGAGAUGUUCAGCCUAUGUCUUCUUAAUUAAAGCUGCAACUCGUG